UUCUUCCCUAGCCACCAACUGUUUGAGUUAGAGUUGUCUGCAAUGGCCACCCCGCGGAAAUCUGUGAGCUUUUCCCUUAUGAGGACUCUGGCCACUGGCUGCCUUCUUCUCAUUGCCCUGUCGGUGCAGGAAGGAGCAGCUGUGCCCAUUGGGUCUCUCUGCAGACUUGACAAGUCCAACUUCCAGCAGCCCUACAUCACCAACCACACUUUCAUGCUGGCUAAAGAGGCUAGGUCGGCAGACAACAAUACAGAUGUUCGUCUCAUUGGGGAGAAACUGUUCCGUGGAGUCCAUAUGAGUGAGCGCUGCUAUCUGAUGAAGCAGGUGCUGAACUUUACCCUUGAAGAAGUGUUGCUCCCCCAGUCUGAUAGAUUCCAGCCCUACAUGCAGGAAGUAGUGCCUUUCCUGGCCAGGCUCAGCAACAAGCUAAGCCAAUGUCAUAUUAAGAGUGAUGAUCAGCAUAUCCAAAGAAACGUGCAAAAGCUGAAGGACACAGUGAAAAAGCUUGGAGAGAGUGGAGAAAUCAAAGCAAUUGGAGAACUAGACUUGCUGUUUAUGACCCUGAGAAAUGUCUGCAUUUGAUCACAGCAAAGCUGGAAAAUGAAUACUAACACUUCUUGCCUGUUAGAAAUAAUAAUAAGAUCCCCAUAGGUUUUUUUUUUUUCUCCCCAAAAGGAAAGUGGGAAGCCAAACUUCACAAUCAUAGGUAGAUUCUAAAUAAACCCCUGCUUAGCUUAAAAAAGAGAACAAUGUCACUUGUGUCCAUAAGACCAGAAGGUAGUCCUGGUAGUUCUGGUCAUAAUGAGAUUUGUUCCUAAUGUUUUAUUGUG